AUGGAAAUUCAUGAUCCCGAGGAAGAUGGGAGUGAUCGAGCAACGUCAGAAAAUGGAUUAAUUCAUGAAGAACAACGAAAAACAUCAACAACCACUACAGCAAAAACAUCAACAUUCGAAACAUUUUUUGAACAAAUGAGAGAAGCGUACAUUGAAAUAUGUGUACUUCACGAUAUACUGACACUUGUACAGCACAAGGGUUAUUUUCAACUAUCACCAAAUAUUAUGGAUAGCGAUGAUGGAACCACGGUACGUGCACCACGUGAACAAUUAUCUAAACAGCAAUCACAAGAUACCAUGUAUAAAACAUGGAUUAGUAAACGUAUGAGUUGUAAAUCAGCUGGUGCUGUACUAUUAGCAUCCUAUGAGCGAUUUAUGAAAAUUAUUAAUAAAACUACUGAUCAAUUUAAUAGUUAUAAUCCAAAUGGUAUUGAAAAUUUUCAUGUUCAAUUAUCAAAUUUAAGGCAAAGAUGGAAAAUAAAAAAACAGCAAAAUUCAAAUCGUUAUUUAGGAGAUCUAUCAUUUCGUUCUGCUGGUUCAUUUUUUCCAAUUAAAAUGCAAUUUGAAGUGUGUAAAACAGAAUAUUCAAGCAAAAAAAAAAUCGAUAGAAAAAAUUCGAAUAGAACAAGUAAUGGUUCGAUUGAAAUCAAACUUCCAGAAGAACUACAAGUUCGACUCAUAUUAAAAAUUGAAAUUGAUACAAAAGAUGGGGAAUCAUUACUUCGUUCUUAUACGACAAUGAUGGCAUCCGGUUUUACAAGAACAACAAAUACACAAGACAAUAGUUAUGAAUCGUAUGAUUCUUUACUGGAAAAUGCUCAACGAACAAUAUUCUUAAAAGAACUUUUUUCUCAUUUAUGUCGUGAAGCAUCAGAUAUUGUACAUAUCAUACAACCGAAAGUAUCGAGAAAUGCAAUCAAAUGCUGGAUUUCUCCAGACACACUGAUGUCAAUCAGUUUGCUCCGUGAAAAUGAGUUCAAUAAUAAUAAUAGUGUUGAUAAUACUUUUGGUGCUCAUGUCGGUCUUUUAGAACAUUCUUUGUGUGCAUUAUUGCGUCAACAAUAUUUUCGAAACUAUCAUUAUUCACAAUUAAAGCCAAGUACACUAAUGUUGGGUGUGCCAACAUUACGACGUUUAGCUGGUAUUAAUGCUUUUAAUCAUAAUCAAUUAGUGACUAUAACAGAGAGUAAAACUAUCUUACAAACAAUUAUUGAUCAUACACAACAUAUGGUUGUUCGAACACGUGUUCUAAAAAUGUUUGAUCGAUUAGCAGAAAAUUGUGAUAUAAAUAUGAUUAUCAAUGUUAGUGCAUUUAGUACUACAACUACAACAUUUGGACGCAUACACUUGGUGUAUCCUGGUUAUGAUGCACUAUGUCGAUGGUCGUAUAUAUUUCAAAUAGAAGAUAGUCGAAUACGUAUACAAUAUAAAUCACGUUUUGUUGAAUUUGUCCAUCAUAUUGAACAAGUGCAACGUUUUCUUAUCAGUCAGAUAGCUUGGUUUAAAUUCACCGUCCAUUGUGCUUUGGCAAAAGUAUUUGGUUGGAUCAUUGUCGGUAGUACAAUUGCACCUACAGUAAAAAGUUUAUGUGACGUGCAAUUUAGUGCACAACUCGAACAUCCACAUGUACCAAUAUCCGUUGGUCUACGUAUUGGCACUAAUUUACAAAUACAAAUUGGCUUAAAUCAACGUCGUUCGACAUCAAUUGGAGUUAGAGGAAUGGAUGAUGAUACAACUAAUAGUAGAAGACAAACAUCAAACAAUUUUGGUAUUAAAUACGAAGAUAUUAAUCUAGAUAAUUAUUGUGGUACUUCGAACUUACAACGAUUUGAAAUUUUUAUAACAGCUCUAGUAAAUGAAGAAAAACAAAGAUAA